AUGCCCAGCUGUCAUACAUCUCAGAGCCUGUAUCUCAAAUGGAUAGAACCAAAUGUCUCCCAGAUCUCUCCUGGGAAAGCUUCUGCACCUGAUGCCUUCUACAAACUAGAAAUGAAAACACACACUUUCAAGCCAGAAUGUGCAACUGAAACCAUUUCAUCCACACACAGCCCAGAAAAAUAUUCCAAACAGUCCCUGGAGCUGGAGUUACUGGUGCCCAAUGCCCUGGAUUACAUUUGAACAAUCAAGGAAUUGGAGAAUUCCCUGGAUAAAUGCAAGAAUGAGAACGUGCAGCAGAUCUUGAUCAAUGCCACCAUCACGGUGGUCAGCAUGGUGGCAAGGGGGCAACAGCUGUCAGAGGAGGAGCUGGGUAGGAUUGAGGAUGCGUAUGACAUGGCACCAGCACUGGGCUGGGCCAAGCUGUGCAUCUAAUACGUGGAGUUCUGUGUGCCCCUCAUUGGUCCCAACCUCUCCCUCAUCCUCGCGGCCUCCAUGGCUGCCAAGAUCAGCGGGUGGCAGGAGGCCUGACCCCACUGUCCAAGCUGCAACACCCUGCUGCUGGGCUUGUCCUCCACCUCUGUCCUGCCCCACACCGGCUUCAUCCACCACAGCAUCGCCCGGGCCCUGAUGCCAGAUUUGAGGAGAGCAGCGCGGCUUGUGGCAGCCACAUGCAGCCAGGGGGACACCUGCCAUGAGAGCAGGGCAGAGGUGGGCUAUGAGCUGAGGGAGGGGAUGGAGCACAAGUUGGACAAGUGGCAGGAACCCAUCCCAGUGAACCCAUUGGCAGCACCACUGGAUGGGCUGAGGGAGAAGGGGGAGGGCCAAUUGUAGUGGAAGUUGAAGGAACACUUGGGGCUGACCUAGAUCCACAAACAGGCCAACAAGAUGAGCUCUAGGGAGAUGGAGGAGGACAUCUAUCAGGGGGAGCUCAGGUUCAGCCUGGGCCACCUGGGCAAGGCCAGGGGUGGCCGCAUGGGCCAGACCCUAGUCCAUGAGGCCACCAAGGCCCAGAUCAGGAAAGCCCUGCAGAGGACCCUGCAGAAGCAGAGGGUCAUCCACAGGGGAGAAUCCACAAUCUGGAUUUCUGUUUCUCAUAGUUCAUGCAUGGCCUCAAGCAUGGCCUUCACCCUCCUGCAGAGGUUGGAGAUUGUGAACCUACAGGCAGCUUGGAAGAAAGUGGCUGAGGCCAACAACUAUUUCUCCUGCAUGGCCAAGUUUGUCAAGGUCAAGGGGAACAAAAAUGGGAUCCCCAUUCCCCCAACCCCACUGGGAUCUCCAAAUCCCACCCUGCGACACCCAAAUACCCAAGGAUUCCCUCUCAGUGUCACUUUACCAAAUUUUUUAAAUAUUGGAAUUUGUGGCUGA